AGCGCACAUACACUCAUAUGGGAAAACAAAAUGCCAAAGAUGGAGGAGAAUUAACUGCGUUUUCAACUGCUAAACACUUCAGGUAUAAUGCAUCAUGCCUUUGAAAUACAGCAGAAGGUUUGGGGCGGGAUGUCUGCUUACUCUCCUAAUGAUCCCAGGGCUGCUGGGUCAGGAAGGGAAGACAGUGGCCAUCACAGAGAGACUGGGGAACAGUGUUACUCUGCAUACUGGUGUUACUGGACUACAGAAUGACUCUGUAAUAGUGUGGACAUUUGGAACUUCUAGUCCACCCCCAACAAUAGCUAAAUCAGUUUAUGGGAGGAUUGAAACCAACAUCAGUGAGAGAUUCAGAGAGCGGCUGCAGCUGGACCCACAGACUGGAUCUCUCAGCAUCACAAACAUCAGCACCAGUGACGCUGGAAUUUACCAGCUACACAUCAUUAAUGGACAAAUACUGAAGAGAGAAUUUACUCUAGAAAUUUACUAUCCAGUGAACAGGCCGCACAUAACAUCCUUACAAGCAUCCAGACGCUCAUCAGUCCAUCUUUCAGCCAGUGGGAGGUGCUGGGUUCUGUGUUUUGUGGAGAAUGGGAGGGAUGUCACCCUGUCCUGGUACAGAGGGACUGAGAGAUUGAACCAAACCAGCAGCCCUGACCUCAGCACCAGCCUGUCUCUCCGCCUGGAGAUCUGGGAGGACAGUCCUGUCUACAGCUGUGUGGCCACCAACCCAGUCAGCAAAGAGGCUGCAGAGGGGAACAUCAAACAGCUGUGUGCUGAGCUGGGAUCUUCACUGAUGCCAAGGAUGCACAUUAUAUCUGCUAUACCUGCAGUGUUGAUCCCUACAGCUGUGAUGCUAAUGAUUGGAUUUAUUUGUUGUACAUAUAACACCAAAAAAUUCAGGGAAAUUAAAGCUUCUGAAGGUCCUCCUAAUUCCACCCUGAGUGUUGGUGUCUACAUCCCAGCUCCUGUAAGCCCCAGAUGCCCCCUCAAGCAGCAUUCAGGAUGUACGAGAGCAGCGGCUGCCAGAGAUGGGGACAGAGGGGGACAGACCCCGAGUGAGACGCGGGACUCCCUGCUCACUGCCAUCACGUACACGGAGGGAAAACACCACAGAGACAUCUGCUAAUCGAUGGCUCUAAAGUUGAUGCUUCCCCACUGGCCAGUGACCCCCAGAGGACACUGCAGGAAAGUCAGUCUUACCGGAUGUGCUCACGUAUGAACAUUUCAGCACAUGCACCCAUCAUGCAUCAGCAUCCAGCAGAUCCAGCUGGGGGGGGAGGUGUCCACACAGUGGUAACUGCUGAGCCUUUGCACCGGGGAUAAUUGCUCAGACCUCCCUGACACUAGGGGGCAGUACAGUAAUGCUGAGUACCUUUAUUGUUGCAUAAACAUUUAUACAAUCCCCAUUUCACUGUGAAUCAGGAUGGCUGGGGAAUAUCAGCCAAAUAAAACAGCUCUCCAUGGAA